GCGGCGGAGGCGGCCCCAGGCCCCGCGGAGCCGGAGCGGCAGCGGCCCCGCCAUGAGCCGCCCGCCCGCGCUGCAGCCGCAGACCUGCGGGCCCUGGGAGAUGAAGGAGCGCCUGGGCACCGGCGGCUUCGGCAACGUCAUCCGCUGGCACAACAAGGACACCGGCGAGCAGGUGGCCAUCAAGCAGUGCCGGCAGGAGCUGAGCCCGCGCAACCGCGACCGCUGGGCGCUGGAGAUACAGAUCAUGAAGAGGCUGAACCAUCCCAAUGUGGUGGCUGCCCGGGAUGUCCCUGAAGGGAUGCAGAAGCUGGCACCGAAUGACUUGCCCCUGCUGGCCAUGGAGUACUGCCAGGGUGGAGACCUCCGCAAGUACCUGAACCAGCUGGAGAACUGCUGUGGCUUGCGGGAAGAGGCCAUCCUCAUCUUGCUUUCUGAUAUUGCUUCUGCUCUCAGGUACCUUCAUGAGAACAGGAUCAUCCACAGAGACUUGAAACCAGAGAACAUUGUGCUGCAGCAAGGAGAGCAGAGGUUAAUACACAAAAUCAUUGACCUUGGUUAUGCCAAGGAGCUGGAUCAGGGCAGCCUGUGCACAUCCUUUGUUGGGACUCUACAGUACUUGGCUCCAGAGCUGCUGGAACAGCAGAAGUACACGGUGACAGUGGACUACUGGAGCUUUGGCACCUUGGCCUUUGAGUGCAUCACGGGCUUCCGGCCGUUCCUGCCCAACUGGCAGCCGGUGCAGUGGCACACCAAAGUGAGGCAGAAGAGUGAGCUGGACAUUGUUGUUUCUGAGGAUUUAUCUGGAGAAGUCAAGUUUUCCAGCAGCUUACCCUACCCAAACAAUCUCAACAGUGUUUUGGCUGGGAGGCUGGAGAAAUGGCUGCAGCUCAUGUUAAUGUGGCACCCACGGCAGAGAGGCACAGACCCAACCUACGGGCCCAAUGGCUGCUUCAAAGCCUUGGAUGACAUUUUGAACUUGAAGUUGCUUCAUGUUUUGAACAUGGUGACGGGGACUGUGCACACCUACCCUGUGACAGAGGAGGAGACUCUGCAGUCUGUGAAGGCCAGAAUCCAGUCAGAUACAGGGAUCCCAGAGCAGGACCAGGAGCUGCUGCAGGAAGCUGGACUUGCAUUGUUUUCUGAGAACUUGGCUACUAAACAUAUAGCUGACAGCAAGGGGAACGAUGCUGCAGCUGCAGACACAGACCUGCUCUUCCUCUUUGAUAACCAGAAGGUUGCCUAUGAGGCUCAGGUUGCCCUUCGUCCUCAUCCCGAGAGCGUCGACUGCAUCCUUCAGGACCCAAAGAAGAAUCUGCACUUCUUCCAGCUGCGGAAGGUGUGGGGCCAGGUCUGGCACACGAUCCGGGUGCUGAAGGAGGACUGCAGCCGCCUGCAGCAGGGCCAGCGCGCCGCCAUGAUGAAUCUGUUGCGUUACAACAGCACCCUCUCCAAGAUGAAGAAUUCCAUGGCCUCCCUUUCCCAGCAGCUGAAAGCAAAGCUGGAUUUCUUUAAAACAAGCAUACAGAUCGACCUGGAGAAGUACAAAGAGCAAAUUGAGUUUGGAAUUACUUCUGAGAAGCUGCUGUUUGCCUGGAAGGAGAUGGAGCAGACUGUGGAUCGCUGUGGGAGGGAGGAUGAUGUGGAUCAGCUAGUGAAGAGGAUGAUGGCCCUGCAGACAGACAUCGUGGACCUGCAGAGGAGCCCACUGGGGCGCAAACAGGGAGGAACACUGGAGGAUCUAGAAGAACAAGCCCGAGAGCUGUACCGGAGACUGAGAGAGAAGCCAAGAGACCAGAGGACAAGCGGCGACAGCCAGGAAAUCGUCCGUCUGCUCCUGCAGGCAAUCCAGACCUUCGAAAAGAAAGUCCGAGUCAUCUACGCUCAGCUGAGCAAGACUGUAGUUUGCAAGCAGAAGGCACUGGAAUUGUUCCCCAGUGUGGAGAAAGUGAUGAGUCUGAUGCACAAGGAUGAGGAAACGGUCGUUAGGCUGCAGGAGAAACGGCAGAAAGAACUGUGGAACUUGCUGAAAAUUGCCUGUAGUAAAGUUCGUGGUCCUGUCACUGGCAGCCCUGAGAGCGUGAGCACGCCACGGCUCAGCAGCCCAGGGCAGCUGCUGCUGCAGCUCCCCUCGGGGACUUACAACUUCUCUGAGAGCUCCUCGAGGAAAAGUGAGGAGCUGAUGCUGGAAUCCCAGAAACUCUGUAUCCAACUGGAAAAUGUGAUGCAGGAAACCAUGAAGGAUCAGGAGCAGAGCUUCAUGGCUCUAGACUGGAGCUGGCUGCAGCUUCAUGUCGAGGAAACAAACAGUCAGGAACAAACCCAGAUGUAAUGUCCCUUCAGUUGCCUCUGAAGAUGUGCUGCUUCAGGAAGCCAACUGUGAAAAGCUGCUGCCUCUGAGAAGGGAAGUUCAAGUGCCUCCUCCUCCUCCUCCUGUCACCUACUGCUGAUGUGAUACAUGUGGCCUUGCUUUUAGUACCCACCUCUCGGACACCUUUUCCACAAAGCUCCAGUAGUUUGCCUCUAACUGCUUAGGACAAGUUCUUAACCGUGCCUUAAGACAGCAGAUACUGUUAUCCUCUGUCCUGAUGUACCUUGGGCAUCACACAUGGUUGUUCUGCUGCCUUUCAGGCUUCCCAAUGAACAAUGGACAACACGUGCAAUCAGCUGGCACAGUCACUGGUUGAUGUCACCUUCCUCACAGACUUAACUGUGAACUUUCACUCCUCCACUCUGCUGAUUUGCACUUUUGUUCCUUGUAACGGUUGUAACUCACCAAACACUUGUUUCCUCUGUGGGAACGAAAUGAUCUCAACCAGGUAA